AUGGGCCGUCGCAAAAACAACGCGGUUUCCGAUAAAGGACAUGUAAUUGGAAGCAAAAAAGGUCGAGAAGAGGCACCCAGAUCUGAUACCUUAACUGCCGGAAAAGAUGUCGCGGACAACCUGUUUGAAGGUUCGCGUGACAGGACUGAUCUUCUUUUUGAGGUUCUGGCUCGAUUGCCUCCCCCGGUGUUGUUUAAAUUCAGGUCCGUCUCAAAGGGCUUCCGCAGUUUAAUUGGACAAUCAGAUUUCGCUGCUCAUCAAUAUCGCACUUGUAAAGCUAUAGCCGGGAAAGCCCUUACGGGGUUUAUUCUUUCUGCAAAGAACGGACCCGGAUUCAGACUUUCAGAGUGGUUGAAAAACGAAAUUCGCUUCUUACCACUUUACUCAGAAGUCGGUCUUCCUGAUCCUUUCUCUGGAACUCUUGAAGCAGAAAGGGAAACAAGACGAGGUUGA